AUGGUGAAGCUAGGUGAAGAAGUGAGGCGGCGAAGCGAUUGGAGAAGCAAGGCGGAGAAGCGAUGCGGUGAAGCUGGGCAGAGAAGCAAGGCGGCGAAGCGAUUGGAGAAGCGUUAUGGUUUUGAUAUAGUUGUUGUUGGAUGUGGUCCUUCUUUGUCUUAUGGCCCCGAUUACUUCACAAUGAAGAUAUAUCAUGGGGGUAACAUACUUGGAAACAAGUACGUUGGUGGGAAGAUAUCCUUCUAUGAUUAUGCUGACAAGGAUAGGAUGUCAUUGACUGAGUUAGAUAACAUGGUCCAAGGGUUGAACCCAGAUUAUGCAGGUACUAGGAUUGAUUAUUGGUGGAGUAUAGGAACAAAAGAUGAUGCUUUGACAAAAAUAGAUUCGGAUGCGGAUGUGUGCACUAUGCUAUGUUGUGUACCCGAAGUGAGAUUGGUUGUUGUGUACUUGGAUCAUAUUCAUGAAGGUGAUGAGAGCUCGGGUGAAGAUGAAAUCUAUAUAUAUCCAGCUGGUUUUGAUAUGUUUAGUCAGUCCGGAUCUACUGGAGUUGUGAUUGAAGAGCUCCCUGAUGAGCCGAGAAAGAAGGCUACAUGUGUGAUUGAGGAGAUUAUUGAGGAACCAAAGCUGGCUUUAGUCAUCAGAGAACCUGAAGUCUCCAUCCCAACUCAAGGCAGCAAAGUGGCUGAAACAGAUCCAAAAGAUAAGGGUAAAGGAAAGAUGUACCCCGAGGUAGGUCCUGUAGCAAACAGUGUUGAUGGUGUAAGUGGUCUAGAUGAAGAGAUGCUUGAAGAUAUAGAUAUUCUAGAUUAUAUGCAAUCAUUUGGGUUCCAUCCUGAACAAGAAGAUGAAGUGGAUAGCAGUGAGAGUGAUGAGGAUGAUGAAUACAUACCCGCUGCUGAAGAUGAUGAAUAUUAUCAGUAUGGUGUUGAUGACGACGAUUGGUUCGAGGAAGCUGAUAUAGGGUUUGAGGUUAAUGACAAUGGUGAAUGGGUUGGACCAAGUAAAGAAGUUGUUCUGCCUUUGGAGAUGGAAAGUGGAAAAGAGUUUGAAGAUCAUGAAGAUAUGUUUGGAUCAGCCGAGUCCGAUGAAGAGAGAUUGCGGCCUGCUUUGGAUUCUGAUGGUGAAGAGGAAGUACUAUUCCCUGAGUUUAAUCCAGAAACAGAUAUGAAGGACCCGGUCUUCAAGAAAGGGAUGAUAUUUGGCAGCGCUGCGAUUUUGAGAGAGGCUAUAAGGGAGAGGGCUAUUAGAGAUGGUUGGGAGGUAUAUUUUAUCAAAAAUGACCGGAAAAGGGUGAGGGCUAUAUGCAAGUCCCAAGACUGUCCAUUCGAGCUCUAUGCAUCUAGGAUGCAACAUGAGGAAUCUCUUAUGAUCAAGACUUAUGAGCCGGAACACAAGUGCAUGAGAGUCUUUGAUAACAGCAUGCUCAGUGCUAAGUAUUUAACUAAGCGUUUCAUGGAAAGGAUCAAGCUGAACAGUGGCUGGAAGCCAGAAUCCUUGGCUCAAACUAUGUCUUCAGAAGUUAGAGUAAGGGUCUCCAAUCAGAUGGCUUAUCGAGUAAAGAAAGCAGCCCUUUUGGUGUUGGAGGGAACCAUCAUGGAGCAAUAUGCCAGACUUCGAGAUUAUGCGAAUGAGCUGAAAAGGGUGGACCCUUCUACAACCGUUGACAUAAAAUGUGAUUUCAGCAAGGGAGAGAGCCUUCCAAUCUUCAAGAGGAUGUAUAUCUGUCUUGGAGCUCUAAAAAAUGGAUUUAAAGCGGGAUGUAGGUCUGUGAUUGGGCUAGACGGUUGCCAUUUGAGGUCUGCAUAUGGGGGUCAGCUCUUGACAGCUGUUGGCAUUGAUGCCAACAACACUUCAUGGGUGAUUGCCUACGCAAUGGUGGAGAUGGAAAGCAAAGACUCGUGGAGAUGGUUCCUAGAGCUUCUGUGCAAAGACCUGAGUAUACUUGAGGAUGGAGCAGGUUGGACUUUCAUCAGCGAUAAGCAAAAGGGUUUAAUCCCUGCCUUUGAAGAAGUAGUUCCAUUGGCCAAGAUUAGAUUUUGUGCGCGCCAUAUGUGGACAAAUUUUACGAAGCUGUUUCCGGGAAAGGUACUAAAGGAUCAAAUGUGGAAAUGUGCAAAGUCAACUACACUUCCUUACUUUGCAAAGGAAAUGGAGGAGAUGAAGGCUUUGGAUAAUGAAGCGUACAAAUGGAUGGCACAUAAGGAUAGGCCUCCACAGCAUUGGUGUAGAGCACACUUCGAGACUUGGUCGAAGUGUGACAUUAUGAUCAACAACUUAUGUGAAAGCUUCAACUCGUUCAUUUUUGAUGCAAGAGCAAAACCACCAGUGAGUAUGUUCGAGGAAAUGAGAGUGAAGCUAAUGAAGAGAAACCAAAUCAGAAAGGAUAAGAUGCAAGCAAUGGUGGGAAAUCUGUGCCCCAAGCCUAGAAAAGUACUAGAAAAGAACAAAAUGAAGGCUGCUUCAGAUUGCAUUUCUAUCGGGAAUGGUGGUGACCAAGUGGAGGUGGAGACUUUUGAAGGAACAAAGAAUGUGGUCAACCUUACGGCAAGGACCUGCACAUGCCGAAUGUGGGACUUAAGUGGUGUUCCAUGCAAGCACGCGGUCUCAGCAAUAUACCACAACAGGGCAGAUCCGGAAAACUUUGUUGCAGAUUGCUACUUAAAAAAGACGUACCUUAACAUUUACAGCAAUUUGAUCAAGCCGGUUAACGGAAUGGAGAUGUGGACUAGGAGUGAAGAACCACCAAUUCUGCCUCCACAGUAUUCUAGACAGCCCGGAAGGCCACGAACAAAGAGGAUUAGAGAUUUAUCGGAGAAGUUGGCUGCACAGGGAACAAAGCUUGGAAGAGUUCAGCGGUCGUUGAAGUGUAGCAAUUGUCAAAGAAUUGGCCACAACGUGAAGACAUGUCACCGACAUCUUCCACCAAAAGAUAAGCGAGCUGCAAAUGUGAACAAGAAAAGGAAACUCAACAAUGGAGAAGGAAGUUCAUCUCAAAAAGCCCAGCCUAAACCUGGAAGAAAGCCACCAUUGAGUAAGAAUGACUUGAGGAAAAACCAUCUAAAAGUGGUAGAAUAUCAAAGGAAGAAGAUGGCUGCAUUGAAGGCAUCUAGAAAAGCUGCGGCUGCUGCCCCUGCUAACUCUACCAAAGCUGCUGCUGACUCUACCAAAGCUGCUGCUGCCGCCACAAAAUCCAAGUCCACCAAAGCUGCUGCUGUUGCUGCUGCCACAUCUACCUCAACAACCACGAGGCCUCCGACAUCAAGUAAAGCAUCAAAAGGCCAAACUCCAACACCUUCUAGAUCAUCUCAAAGGAUUAGGCAGAAUUCCAAGCAAGGGGGAAAGUAG